AUGCAAAGAUCACAACAACAGCAAACCAUCAAACUCACCAAAGCAAAACAAAAGAAAACAAUUUCUUCAGAAAGAUUGCCAACAGAAACAUUUAUAUCCAUUGUUAGAGAUUGUGUAAAAUUACAACUUGAUAUUAGACCUUUACAAUUCAAAAAGAAAAUCUCUAACGGAACCAGAGACUUUCUUUGUGAUAAGGUAAAGAAUUCGAAGGCAGUUUGUCGAGAAAUCAAUAGAGGAGAUAAUGUCAUGAUGAAUAUAAUUUUCACAUGUCAAGAUUCUCAACCAAUAAUUCCAAAUUAUAUUAAGGGAGUAACGAGUUAUAUUGAAAAGCAUAAAAUUUCGUACCCAGACAAGAUCAUGUCAAUUGACACUUUACGAAUUGAUAUUGAAUUUCCGUACCAUAAUUCAAUAACAGAGGUUGCUAAGAAGAUUAAUUUACAUGAGGAAGAAUCAUUGAUCAAUUCUCUUAUAACCAUUAUUGAUAAGGAUGAUCAUCAAGUGUAUUUCAAAAUGAAAACUAAUUAUUGCAAUGAGGAUAAGGAACAUUUGUAUAGAUACAUUGUAAUUGGAAAAAUGGAUCAAAGUGAGCAUGCUUUCAUCUUUGAUGUGAGCGAUUUUAUAAAUAUUUGUGGUAUCAAUGGUGGUAUUCCAAAAAAUCUCAAAAAGAUUUAUGAUUUGUGCAUGCCAAAGGAUUUAGUCCAAUAUUUUGAAAAGAAUGGAUGCAGCUCAACAAAUUCAGAUACAAGUGUCAGAAGAGUUGGAUUUGGAAUGUUCUUCAGAUCAGAUACCAGACCACGCAGAGAGCGUUUCGGACAAUACUACCGCCCAUGUUGGGAAUCAGAUGGUUCAGUUGCAGCCUUAGUGAACUCGUACUCAAGGAAUGGAGAUUAUGGUAUUCAAAUAUUGGCACAGGGCGCAAGAGAAUUCCAUCCAACUGAGUAUUCUGGUGAGAUUGAUGUAGGAUAUUACAAAUUUAAAAUGGGAUGGUGUAGAUUCACUUCAUUCCAAUCAGCCCAGCACUACACUUGCAAAUUAAUCCAGGAAGUUAAAAAUUCAUAA